AUGUUGGAGAAUCUGUUGAAGAACAGCAGCAACAAGUUGAAGAUUGUGAACAAUCAGCUAUGGGUUGAUUUUUCAAAUUAUUCAUAUAAUGCUAAAACAGCAGAAUAUACACAAAGAUUAAAAUAUGGAGAUUUAGAAAUAGUUUUGAAGAAUGGUAAAUUUGAUUUUGUUUCUAAAAAUGGUGCAGUCAUUUCUAACAUCAGAGAAAUUUUAUUCAUGAAUUCAAAAUUAAAAGGUAUCACAGAUGAUAUAUCAAAAAUUGACCCAGCCGAGCAAAGAUAUUAUGCUUUAAAUGCAUUUCCAAAAUUAAUUAAACUCGGUAAAUUUGAUUUAAAUGAAAAGUUUAUUCAAGACUUUUUAGACAAUAUUGAUCUCAAAGCUGAUAAAACUUUUGUUGAUAAUGAAUUAGAAAAGAAAGCUAAUAAAGAUUGGGUUGAAUUAAAGAUAAAAAGAACUACUAAAAUUCCUUGUUUAUAUGUUUAUGAAUUCUUAACUCAAAGAAUCUCUUAUGUCAGAGAAAUUGUUGGUUAUUAUAAAAAUAAAGUACCAGCUCCUGUAUCAUUCCCUUCAGGUAUCAAAUUAAAAGGUAAAGAUUUAGAAAGUCAAAUCAAAUCAAUGAAAGAAAGAAUUAAAACAUUAGAAACAAAAGUAGAUGAAUUGAAUCAAACAUUAUCAAAAGUUUUAGAAAAAAAAUUAAAUCUUUUUAUUUUUAUUUAA